AUCAAAGAAAAAAUAAUCUAGAGGAGGAUGAUAACAAUAAAAUGGAGCUUGUGUUUAAUCUUCUGCAUUUCGAACUCAGUACUUGUCAUUGCUAAAGACUUGUGUCUUCCCGACCAGAGGGAUGCUCUUUUGGAGUUCAAGAACGAGUUCUAUGUCCAAAGUUCCUACGAGAUGAUGUCUUAUGCGAAGACAGAGAAGUGGAGGAACAAGACUGAUUGCUGUUCUUGGGAUGGUGUCUCUUGUGAUCCUAAGACAGGAGUGGUGGUUGACUUGAACCUCGAGUUCAGUAAUCUCAAUGGCCCUUUGAGAUCUAAUAGCACCCUCUUGAGACUACAACAUCUUCAGAGCCUAGAUCUUGGCAACAAUUAUCUUUCGGGUAUCCUACCAGAUUCCAUCGGCAACCUCAAAUAUUUGAGUGAUUCGAUGGGCAACCUAAACAGACUAACAGAUUUCCAACUUAUGCUACUCAACAUGAGCUCGCUUACCUAUAUCAACCUUGGUUUUAACCAGUUCAGAGUUAUGCUCCCAUCUAACAUGAGUAGCCUUUCCAAACUGAGGUUUUUUUAUAUUAGAGAAAAUUCAUUUUCUGGAACCAUUCCCUCUUCUCUCUUCAUGAUCCCUUCCUUGACCUGGGAACAAACGACUUCAGCGGUCCUCUUGAGAUUGGUAAUAUAUGAAAAGAAAUAAUCUCGAUGCUAUUGCAUUGUCUCUUACGGCCUAUUGUGACAGUGACUACAAUGCUUGUCCUCGCACUCGCCGUUCUCUUUCUGCUUAUGUCGUCUAUUUGGGCGAUUCUCCUAUAUCCUGGAAGACCAAGAAGCAAGAAACAGUUUCAGCCUCGUCCGCCGAGGCUGAAUAUCACGCUAUGGCUUAUACUCUCAAAGAAAUAAAGUGGUUGAAGGCUCUUAUGACAACUUUUGGUGUUGAUCAUUCACAUCCGAUUCCUUUAUUUUGUGAUAGUCAGGCUGCUAUCCACAUUGCUGCCAACCCCGUGUUUCACGAACGCACUAAACACAUUUGAUCAAGCCGCCGAUCUUCUUGCAAAAGCUCUUCCAAGACCAACGUUUGAGCGUUUAUUGUCUACGUUAGGUACUUGUUAUUACGCCUUACCAACGUGAGGGGGGUAUUAGGAUAUAUGUCAAUAUAUUUACUUAGAUUUGAUUCUAUCAAGAUUAGGCAACUUCUAUUUGUAUAAA